CCUCGCGUGACACGUUACCAAUUCAUUGAGGGGCAGACCAGCGUGCGGCUCAUAGUAUCCUCUGAGAGCGAAGUGUGCGCCACCCUCUCCGUGCAAAACUACUCGUGCCCCAUCGCCCAGACGGUGACGGACGUGUCGACGAGCGGGCUUCGGUUAACGAUGAUGCGCUCGGGCGCAGUGCAACUCUCCAGGAGUGAGUAUCCGUACGGGUUCUACGUGGUGGCGCUGGUGCUGCCGUCGGAGCAGGCGUGCGGCGGGUCGGCAGCGGAGGACAUGGACUGGCUGUGGGCGGCGGCGCUGCUCGGGGCCGACGCCGCGCGCGCGCGCUCGCUCGCGCGCCACAAGGCCUUCGCCAUCUCCGUACAGCCGGCUUUAACUCGAGAACAGUACGCGGUGGCUGCUGUGGUGACGCUGUUUCUGUUCCUGUCGUUCUACGUGAUAUUCGGUGCGCUCGUCUUGGCGCAGCGCUGGCCGCCCUUCGCUAAGUACGUGCUUCCUAAGGCCGUGCUUGCUUCGCAGACCGAUGCCAUCGACGCUCACGCCGCCGAGCAAGUCCUAGACGGUCAAUCCGAAAUCAGAUCUGAAGGGACGACUUCUGCUCGCCUCCGCCGUCGCGGAUCGGAUGCGACGUUUGACAGCAGCGACAACAGCGACUCCGACGAUUCAGACACAAGCGCUCGCCUCCCCAUCCCCGCAUCCAGCACGCCCGCCGGGACACCUGCCGGCGCUAACCAGCAUUCCACCAACGAAAACCAUGACAGCACUUCACCCGCGAGGGCCAGCCAGGAUACGAGUAACGGCAACCCCGCCGGUACGCCGCCGGCAGGUGCGGGCCGGAUCACUUCAGACGGCAUUCAAGCCGACGGAACACCUAAUACACAAGUCGGCGAAACUGAAAUACAAGGCCCGUUCGGCCUGCCGGCGCGGCUGCGGCUGGCGGCGCUGGCGCGUCGCGGCGGCCGCACCCUGCGCGCGCGCUCCGACCGCUACCUCUACACGCUCUACACCGUCGCCGUCUUCUACGCGCUACCCGUCGUGCAGUUCGUCAUCGCCUUCCAGAUAAUCCUGAACGUGUCGGGCUCGCUGGACAUAUGCUACUACAACUUCCUGUGUGCGCACCGCGCGGGCGCGCUCAGCGACUUCAACCAUGUGCUGUCCAACCUGGGCUACUUGCUGCUGGGCGCGCUGUUCCUGGUGCAGGUGCGCCGCCGACGGCUGCGCCGCAAGCGACAGCCGCGACACCAGGAUUACGGCAUCCCCGCGCACUAUGGGCUGCUGUCGGCGCUGGGCGCAGGUAUGAUGGUGGUGGCCGUUCUCUCAGCCAGCUACCACGUCUGCCCCAACAGGCUCAACUUCCAAUUCGACACGGCAUUCAUGUACGUGCUGGCUGUGCUGAUCAUGGUGAAGAUCUACCAGUCGCGACACCCGGACGUCAACGCGCGCGCGCACGCGACCUUCGGCGUGCUCGCCGUGCUCAUCGCUCUGGUUGUGUGGGGCGUGUUGGACGGUGGGCCGCUGUUUUGGGGCGUGUUCACGGUGUUCCACGUGUUCACCUUCUUGCUGCUCUCGCUGCGCAUCUACUACGUGGGACAGUUUCGCCUCGAAAAAGAAAGCCUUGCUCAAGCUGCAAGCGAACUACGUAAGGGUUCUCGGCCGUUGUACCGCGCGCGCCUUGUGCUGCUGCUGGUGGCCAACGCGCUCAAUUGGAUGUUCGCCAUUUUUGGACUCAUGAAGCAGGGCAGCGACUUCGCCGGUCACAUGCUGCAGGUGCUGCUGGGCAACGCGCUCAUGUAUAUGGUGUUCUACCUGGCCAUGAAGCUGGUGCACGGCGAGCGGCUGCGCUGGUACGCGUGGGCGCUGCUGGCGGCGGCGGCGGCGGCGUGGGUGCCCGCGCUGUACUUCUUCCUGUCGGGCUCCAGCGACUGGUCGGCCGCGCCCGCGCUGUCCCGCCACCGCAAUCACGAGUGCAUGGUGAUGCAAUUCUACGAUUCCCACGAUUUGUGGCACAUGCUGUCAGCGGUGGCUCUUUACCUAUCCUUCAGCGCUCUACUCACGUGGGAUGAUGGUCUCUCUGCAGUCAAAAGAACCGAUAUACCAGUUUUCUAACAAAUCAGAUAAUAUAAAUCGUUUUUUAUUU